UUGACAAAUUUGUUAAACUGAAUAUUUAUCUUAAUAAUUACCAAUUUGGUGCGAAUAAACUAUAUGCUUUAAGAAACUUUACCUGAAUAACGCAUUCGUUACUGAGGAUAACACACAGCCGAUCAGAGACAUGUCUACUUUUGUAACAACUGAAAUGCAUACCUGUGGACAGCCAAUCAGAAUAGUAGAAAAGGGGUUUCCCAAAAUAGAAGGAGACACACUUCAAAAAAAGAUGGACUACCUGAUACAAGAACAUGAUCAUCUGCGUAAGCUCUUGAUGUGGGAACCUCGAGGACACUUUGAUUUGAUUGGUGUUAUUUUGGUUCAACCAGAUUACCCCGAGGCUGACAUUGGUGCUAUUUUUAUGCAUAAUGAAGGAUAUGGUCCUAUGUGUGGGGAUGCUACUAUAUCGUUAGGAAGAUAUUUAGUAGAUAAAGGCAUCGUUAGAAAUCCUAGCAUACCUAAAACAGUUGUGAAAAUCCAGUGUCCAUGUGGUCUUAUCGAGGCUCGUGUACAGAACGAUGGAAAGAAAACAGGAGCUGUUAGCUUUUUAAGCGUUCCUUCAUUUUUGUAUGAAAAAGAUGUGUCUGUUAAUGUAUCAGAAUUUGGACAAAUUGUUGUCGAUAUUGCCUAUGGUGGCGGUUUCUAUGCUAUUGUUCCUGCCUCACAGUUCAAUUUAGAACAUAAAUGUUCCUGCAGCAAGCUGAAAGAAGUUGCAGGAGCAUUAUUGGACGAACUUCGAACUAAUUAUAAAGUGGUACACCCAGAAAAUAAUGAUGCAUGCAAUUCGUAUAUAUAUGGAAUCAUAGUCACUGAUGGAAAGGAUGGUCACAACGAAGAAGUAACGACCAACUUUACCUUAUAUGCAGAUAAAGCGGUGGGCCGAGCACCAUGUGGGUCAGGAUCUUCUGCUAGGAUAGCUCAACAGUUUGGCAGGGGACUGAUAAAGCUGGAUCAAACAAGGAUAUUUAAAAGUAGAACAGGAGGCAGGUACAAAGCGACAUCUGUAAAAGCAGUGAAGUGUGGAGACUUUGACGCUGUCGUGGUAGAGGUGUCAGGCAAUGGAUACUACACCGGAACUUCUUCAUUUUCACUAGAGGAAAACGAUGAAAUUGGAAAAGGAUUUUUGAUGUCAUAAAAAAUUUAUCCUAGACAA